AUGCCGGCUGAAUUGAACGCCGAACAACGGAAAGCUCUCGAAGAGGAGAUCAAAGUUCUUGGAGAUGAAAUCCGCAAAAUGAAAGCCGAAAAGGCCGAACCAGCUGUGAUUAAAGAGCGAGUGAACAAGAUGCUUGAAAAGAAGAAGGAGCUUGGAGGUACCGAGGAAAAGCCUGGAAAGUUUGUCCUAAAGACUGGAAAAGGAACUCGUGACUACGGACCGGCUCAGUCUGCUCUCCGUAAUUCUGUUCUUCAAAACGUCGUCGAAACUUUCAACAAAUAUGGAGCUGAGACUAUUGAUACUCCUGUUUUCGAACUUCGCGAUGUUUUAAUGGGAAAAUAUGGAGAAGAAGGAGGAAAAUUAGUCUAUGAUCUCCAAGAUCAAGGUGGAGAACUUCUCUCGCUUCGUUAUGAUCUCACUGUUCCAUUCGCUCGAUACCUGGCAAUGAACAAAAUCACGAAUAUAACUAGAUAUCAAAUUGCUAAAGUAUACAGAAGAGAUCAGCCUGUGAUGACUCGUGGACGCUAUCGAGAAUUCUAUCAAUGCGAUUUCGACAUUGCCGGACAAUACGAUUUGAUGCUUCCUGAAUCUGAGUGCCUCGGAAUUGUUCACGAAUUGCUUACAAAACUGGAGAUCGGGGAGUUUUUCAUCAACUUGAAUCACAGACUGAUCUUGGAAGGAAUGUUCGCUGUCUCCGGAAUUUCCCCGAAAGAUUUCAAGACUAUCUGCUCAUCCGUUGACAAGUUAGACAAGACUCAAUGGGCUGAAGUUGAAGAAGAGAUGAUUAAAGAGAAGUUCUUGACGAAAGAGCAAACUGAAAAACUCGGACAACUCGUUCGAUUCCGGGAACUAAACGGUGGUUUGAGUAACCUGGAACUCCUCGAAAAGAUGUCACAACUUCCUGAACUCGGACAAAACGAAAAGUUCAAGAAAGGAGCCGAGGAGCUGAAAGUUCUUAUCGGAUACCUUGAUGUCGAUGGAGUGACAAGUGUGAGAUACGAGCCAUCCCUUGCGAGAGGACUCGAUUAUUAUACCGGAGCUAUCUAUGAGGCUGUUGCUCCUAAAGCACUCGAAGGAACUGCUGUUGAAAAAUCCGAAGAGACAGCUGGGCAGCCUGUUGGAGUUGGUUCGGUGGCUGCUGGAGGAAGAUACGACGGUCUUGUUAACAUGUUUGACGCCAAACUGAAAGUUCCGUGUUGUGGAGUUUCUUUCGGAAUUGAACGUCUUUUCGCAAUUAUGGAAGCUCGACAGAAAAACACAGUUCGAACGACUCAAACUGAAGUUUAUGUUGCCUCUGCUCAAAAGAACUUAGUGUUGGAACGCAAGAAGUUGUUGAGAACUCUUCGUGCAGCUGGUAUCAAGAGUGAAAUGCCAUUGAAGGCUAACCCAAAGUUGCUGACGCAAUUCCAAUAUGCUGAAGAGAGGCGUAUCCCAUUAGUUGUGCUUAUUGGUGAAAGAGAACUUCAAGAGGGAAUCGUCAAAUUGCGAAACGUUGUGAGCAGAGAAGAGAAGGACGUUCCCCUCGAUUCACUCGUCUCCUCCAUUCGAGACGCUCUCGCUGCACUCUAG